AUGAAAAGAAAAGCAUUCAUCGACUUGAUCGCCUCGGAGCACGAAGACCACGUCGCGCUUCUCGAGCGCUUCGUCCAGGCACCGUCGCCAAACCCGCCUGGCGAUACACUUGACGCGGCGAAUGUUCUGAAAACGUACCUGGAGCGUCAGGGCGUAGCGGUCCGCGUGCUCGCGCCGCAAGGCGAUGCGAAACCAAAUCUUGUCGCUGAAUUCUCUUGCGGCGACGGCGACGAUGGUGAUGACGACGAAAGAGCGAGACGCAUUGACGACAACGGCAGGAGAGUCAUGAUGAAUGGACACAUUGAUGUGUUUCCCGUCGACGAGUCGCGUGGCGCUGAGUGGAAACAUGACCGAGGGCCGUGGUCGGGUUAUAACGAUGGCAAGUACAUUUGGGGACGGGGCGGCGUUGACAUGAAGGCUGGAACGGCGGCCAGUGCUAUUGCUUUUGGUUAUUUAUAUCGUCAUCGACAACACCUCAAACUAUCCCGUUCCUCAGUGGCGCUGAGCCUCGUUUCCGAUGAAGAAACCGGGGGCACGUUCGGAAGUCGGUGGCUCCUGGAGCAAGAUCCGGACCGCGAAAGGUGGAAAGGCGACGUCAUGAUCAACGCGGAACCAGGAGGGCUGCGGUCGAUCCGGUUCGGCGAAAAGGGCACGCUCCGCAUGACCUUCACCGUCACGACGAAAGGGCUGCACGGCGCGUACACGCACAUUAGCGAGGGUGCGAACCGGGUCGCGUCGAGGCUCGUGAAUAGGUUGGUCAAGAUCGAAGACGACGUCACGCCGGACCUGGACGAGUCGAUAGUCGAACACAUGCGCCGCCCGGAGGUGAGGAGCGUUGUCGACGACAUCAUGGGCAAAGGCGCCAGCGAGAACAUACUCCGCCCGACGGUCAAUGUCGGCGUCAUGAACGGUGGGAUCAAGGUCAACAUGAUCCCGGACCGGUGCCUGGUCGAGGUGGAUAUCAGGUUACCUAUCGGCUUGACGAAGGAGGUCGUCCUGUCUUACAUCGACCGCGUGCUCGACGACCGAGAAUUCAAGGACGAGGAAAAGGGAGUCAACGUCGAAUACGCCGUGCAGGAGGCUGCGAGUAAUCCGUCAAGUUACGGUGCCGUGAGUCACGAGAUGGUCGGAAUGCUAGCCAGGGCUGCAGAAGACGUGACGGGCAAAAUACCGCUGGCCAUCCCGAGCCUUGGAGCGACCGACGCAAAGUUCUGGAGGUAUCAUGGCGUGCCUGCGUUUGUGUACGGUGUUGGUCCUGACACCAUGGCUGCGGCCGUGGAUGAAAGAGUCAGUAUCGACGAGUUUCUGAGCGUAAUCAAGGUUCAUGCUGUUGCUGUGUGGGAUUAUCUGGGCGGCGGUCAGUAG